UUGAUAUUUUCAGUAGCUACUUGGAACCGCUUCUCCGUGCCGAAACAAGGAUAUUUUGCCUCCCUUGGAAUAAAAGAACGGCGUUAACGGCAGAAGCACUGCAGGCCUACCGGCAGGGACCGGCUCAUAGGCCACGAUGGAGUUGAAGAAGAAUUUGGACGAAUGGCCCGCAGCUGAGUCCUCUGGUGACCGUGGCAGCUCUGUAUGGUGCAAAAGCAUCAUUCUGGCCUUCAUCCUGCUCUUUCUCAUUAUUGGGGUCUUUGUUGGCCUGUUGAUUGCCUACCUGGUGCAAGAAGAACAUUAUUUCAUGGAGACUGUGGAGCUGAGGGGCCUCAAGUAUGACUCAGUUCUGCAAGAUGAGAUGUCAUCAUUGUCCAUAGUUCUCUCCUCCACCAUCCAGUCCAAGAUCAAACAUGUCUUCAUUGCCUCAUCAAUAGCACCUCAUUUUGUGGGCUGCAAUGUUAUAGCCUUUGGGAACAUCAACGGCAAUGUGAUGGCAACAUUUAGGCUGAUCUUCAGAGCAUCCAAGGCACAGAAGUACUCUGACAAUUUCAUCCAGGACCUCCUGAGAGUGGGCCUGGCUGCCCUGUUCCAUGGGCGCCCCCUGCUGGUGCCAGAUUUUGGGGAGAUCAGCGCUAUCGUCUUGCUGGGAGCCAGUGGGAAGUCUUUCUAUCACAUAGGAGACGAGACAGGCACCUGUCCUGCCAACACCUUCACCUGCGACAACGGAGAGUGCCUCACCAAGCCAAACCCCGAGUGUGAUUUUGUCCCAGACUGCGCCGAUGGUUCGGAUGAAGCCCGUUGCUCCUGUGGCACACGUCCAGCCAUGGGCAGCAGAGUGGUGGGUGGGGAGGACGCCCGACACGGAGAGCUCCCUUGGCAGGUCAGCCUGAGGCUCCAGGGCCGACACACCUGCGGGGCUUCUAUUAUCAGCAGCAAGUGGCUCGUCAGUGCUGCCCACUGCUUCGAGAGGUACAGGAACCCAAAGGAGUGGACAGCCCUGAUCGGGGCCAGUCUUGUCAAUGGGGAUGAGUCCGAGUCCAGACUGGUGAAGAUCAAGACUAUCAUUGUGUCCCCUCACUACAACCCUAUGACCACCGACAGUGAUGUCACAGUGCUGGAGCUGGAGAGCCCAGUCACUUUCAGCGCCUACAUCCAGCCCGUCUGCCUGCCAUCCACCUCCCACGUCUUCAGCUCGGGGCAGCAGUGUGUGGUGUCCGGCUGGGGAGCCCUCCAUCAGUUUAACAGUGAGCUGCCCCACAAUCUUCAGAAGGCGGUGGUGAAGAUCAUCGAUUCCAAGACCUGCAACAAGUCAAGCAUUUACAGGGGAGCGGUCACCCACAACAUGGUGUGCGCUGGCUUCCUGCAGGGCAAGGUGGACUCGUGUCAGGGUGAUUCCGGAGGUCCCCUGGUGUGUGAAGAAGCUCCUGGGAGGUUCUUCCUGGCAGGGGUGGUGAGCUGGGGGGUGGGGUGCGCUCAGGUCAACAAGCCUGGGGUCUACUCCCGCGUCACCAGGCUCCGGAACUGGAUCUUAAGCCACACCGAGCCAAACCUAGCACUUCCUCUGUCAGAGGCAGUCACCGCACCCACCGCCACGCCGACUGACGCCCACCCUCGAUCUUUGAUCACGCUCCCGGCUCUCCCAGCUGUAAACUGUAGUGGUAACUACAACUGCGGUGCUGGAACAUGCAUCAGCAAAAUUAACCCUGAAUGUGAUGGAGUCACCGACUGCUCUAACAAAGCUGAUGAGAAGAACUGCGACUGUGGGCGUCGUCCGGCCGUGGGGUCCCAGAAGAUAGUGGGUGGUGCGAACGCGCGGAGGGGUGAGUGGCCGUGGACGGGCAGCCUGCAGUACCAGGGCUCGCACCGCUGUGGAGCCACACUCAUACACUGCAAGUGGCUCCUGACCGCCGCCCAUUGCUUCAAUAGUGGUCCCAAAAUCUUGCGCAGCGACCCAAACCCCAGAGGCUGGACGGUGGGUCUGGGCUCCGUGUUCCGGUCUGGGAUCGGGGCUCUGGUCAUCCCUGUGCAGAGGGUCAUCCUGCACCCCAGCUAUAACGGGACCAGCAUGGACUUUGACGUGGCCCUGCUGGAGCUGUCUGUUCCCGCACCGCAGUCCUACACCAUCCAGCCCGUGUGCCUGCCCGCCCCCACGCACCGGUUCCUGAGCACCGCGGAGUGUUACAUCACCGGCUGGGGGGCGCAGAACGAGGGAGGCUCGCUGGCCAGCCUCCUGCAGAAGGCUGCCGUCAGCGUCAUCGAGCAGCACGAAUGCCGGCAGGCCUAUGGCAACGGGCUGACCCCCGGCAUGAUGUGCGCCGGCUCCGCAGAGGGGGGGAGAGACACCUGCAUGGGAGAUUCCGGAGGCCCCCUAACCUGCCGCGAGCCCUCGGGCCAGUGGUUUGUGGCAGGGGUGACCAGCUGGGGACGCGGCUGUGGCCGAAUUGGCUUCCCGGGGGUUUACACACGAGUCACCGCGGUCAGACACUGGAUAUCCCAAUACCUGCCCUUUUAAAGACAAAACUGAAGAGAAAGGGCCUUUAUUGCAGGUCCCGUUCUGGCUGACUUUUAUCCACCUGUAAACCAUUACUUUGCCGUCCGCUUCCUUUGUUCGGGGAAAGCGGCUUUGUGACCUACUGUGUGGAUAUAUCAGAGGUUCGGCGACAACGCCUGCCAAAAUCAGAAAAUUACCAGAACACUGCCGGCUUCUCUACUUGCAGAGGUCAAGAAACAGCAAAUGAAACUAAGGGGGGGGGGGGGGGUUU